UCCUUAUCAUCAAUAAUAAAUACUGUAAAAUAAUUUAUCAAUAAAAUGAUUUAGGUAUAAUGGAGAAGUUGUUGUUGAAACUGCGAGUUUUGCUUCUUCUUCUUCUUCUUCAACAACAACAAGCUGAUUCGUAUUCUAAGGUUGAGUAUCUUCCCGGUUGGCAGGGCCGCCUCCCCUUCCCUCUAGAGACCGGGUAUGUUGGAGUUGGUAAAGAUGAGGAGGUGCAACUUUUCUACUAUUUUUUGGAGUCAGAAUCAGAGCCUACUACUGAUCCUCUUUUGAUUUGGCUAUCUGGUGGACCAGGUUGCUCUUCUGUCAUUGCCAUUGUUAAUGAGAUAGGACCAGUCCGUUUCGUGGAACAAGUCUACAAUGGGAGUAUGCCUUCGUUUGUACUAAACCCACAUGCAUGGACAAAGAUAGCAAAUGUAAUAUUUUUGGAUCAACCAGUAAACACUGGAUUCUCAUAUGCAACAAAUUCAGCUGCAUAUAAGUAUACUGAUGUGCAAGCAUGUGAAUAUGUCGAUGAAUUCUUAAGAAAGUGGCUCAAUGAUCAUCCACAAUUCAUCUCAAAUCCAUUUUAUGUUUCUGGAAAUUCAUAUGCUGGCAUGGAUAUUCCAAUUAUAACUCAGUUGAUAUCAAAUGGAAAUAUAGCAGGCAAAGAGCCAUUAGUUAAUCUUCAGGGAUAUUUAAUUGGCAAUGGUGUAACAAUUUAUCCUCAAGAUGAAAAUUACCAUAUAGUUUUUUGCCAUGGCAUGGGACUUAUAUCUGAUGAACUUUAUAAGUCAUUAGAGAAGAAUUGUAGAGGAGAAUACACAAGCAUACAUCCCAACAAUACAAGAUGUGCAAAUGACUUUCGAAAUUUCAAACAGAUGACAAGAAACAUUAAUGUGGAACACGUAUUAAAGCCCUUUUGCACAAAUGAUGAUGAUCCUAAAAACAUAUAUCAAAUGACUGGUGAAAGAAGAUUACUUGAUGAUAAACUCAUUUCCUUGCAACGUGAAGAUAAGUGUGAUUCUGAUUGGCGCAAGCAUAUGAGGUAUUGGGCUAAUGACCCUGAAGUCCAAGAAGCUCUUCAUGUUCGGAAGGGAAUUAUAGAAAGCUGGAUAAAAUGUAGAAGAGAUAUAAGUGAAGGCCCUCAUCACAACUACACUUUGACGGUACAUAAUGUUGUACCAUAUCAUGCAAAUCUAAGCACUAAAGGCUAUCGAUCACUUAUAUACAGUGGAGAUCAUGAUUAUAUGGUACCUUUUCAAGAGACACAAACAUGGAUAAAGUCUCUAAACUACUCUAUUGAUGAUGAUUGGCGUCAAUGGAACGUAAACAAUCAAGUUGCUGGUUAUACGAGAUCUUACUCCAACAAAAUGACUUAUGCAACAGUGAAGGGAUCAGGACACACAGCUUGUACAGACAAACCUGAAGAAUGUUUUGUUUUGUUCAAAAGAUGGAUAAAUCAUGAUCCUUUAUAA